GAAAAUCAUUCAAUACCAAAGUUUGAAAAAUGCACAUCGAAAAUCAGAGUCAUUUUCUUAUUUCACUCUUCCAACUUCAGUGGUCUUCUUGAUCAAACAACUCAUUUUCUAAAUCAUUCGAUCAAGAUAGACCACUAACCCACGAGGGAAUAAGUUUUCCUCACUAAAUUUCCCAAAGUUUGUGAGUAUAAUAAAAGCUGCAAUUUGUCUUUACGACAGCGCCAAGAAGAAGAAAGGAGAAACGCCUCUGUAAUAUUCCUCCCUUCUUCGUUUCUGACGAUUCCCGCCGCCUUGGUACCUCCGAAUCCCAAACGGAGAUCACUAUUUCCUCCGAUAUCAACCAACAUGAACAAUCCUCCCAAAUCUACCUUCCUUCUCUGCCUCCCCUCCUAUUUCCUUCUCAACUUCCCCUCUUUCACAUUUUGGCUUCUCAAUCUUCCAGUUCUGGAAAUGGAAAGAGUGGGUGAGAUCGAUACGAAACCUAUUGAUUCUGUACAAGCCGGUAUUUCUCUGUUUGGUGCGAGAGGUGAUCAGAAUAAACACAAGCUUACAGCCAAUAAUGGGUAUGAGAAGGAAAGAGAGUUUCACGAGUUGGUAAAGGAUUUGGCUAAUUACAAGCUUCAACUUGAAGCAAAGGAUGCGGCUUGUAUGGAGGCUCUUCUCAAGCUGGAACAACAACAGAAAGCCAUCAACAAACUUUCUGAGUUGCUGAAAAUUGGGGAAGCUAGAGUGCUGCUGGAUGAACUUGAACCAAAGCAGAAUGAAACGAUUGAUCAAUCCUUGGCGACUGACAAUUUUCAAGAGCAGCUUCAGGUUGCUAAGAGUGAGCUUCUUGGCAUUGAAACAGAACUUUCUGCCUAUGGAGAACCAGGGGCUAAGGGUAUUACAAAAGUAGAGUUGCUAGAAAAUAAUGGUGGCUUGGAAAAGGAAAAGACCGUAGAUCUCAUAAGACACAUCUCAGAACUGAACAAAGUGAUUCGUUUGUCAAAAUUUGUUGCUUGUGGCGCCGAGAAGGAGAUGUCUGCUGCAUUAUCAGCAAAAGAUGCUGAGCCAGAGCUGGCUAAGGAAAAAGUGAUUAAGUUGCACAAGCAAUUAGAAGAGAUGAGCAAACAAACCGAAUUAGACAUGGAACAAAAUGAAUUAAAAGAAGCGAACUUCGCAAAUGAAGAAACUUUUGAGAUCGAAACACUUAAAAACCAGUUGGAGAAGAUGAAACUUGAAAUGGAUGAGAUGAGAGAUAGAGAAGCUAGUGCUCAGGUUGAAAUUGCAUUGCUGAAAUCUGAGCUUCAUAAAGGAAGGUCAAAAGUUGCAGCAUUAGUGGCAACUGAAGCCAAAGAUGAGAGUGCAAAAUCCGACCUUCAUCUUGCUGUUCAGGACUUGGACGAAGUGAAGCCACUUUUUGAGAGAAACUCUACAAGCAUGGAAGGAGAUUCGAACCUUGCAGUCAAUGAAAGAAGGAAUGACAGUGUCACCCUAACGUUUACUUCAAAGGAAUAUCAGUCAUCAAUUGAAAAUAUUGACUCAACCUCUAAAUUCUCACCAGACAAAAUUUUCCAUCACAUCAGUUCUGAGUGCACGGAUGAAUUGGAAAAGUUGAAGAAGGAACUAGAAGCAGCAACAAUUAGAAUUGGGGAGUUCAGAUCACGUGCAGAACAGGCUGCCACUAGAGCUGAAAUGGCUGAGAAAGCAAAAGAAGCCAUUGAAGACCAGCUAAGAAAAUGGAGAGAGCAUAAACAAAGAAAAAAGGCUGCUCUUGCUGCCAUGAAGGAAGUAUCUGCACCACCACCACCACCAAAGUUCAAACCUUCCAUGUACGGAGACACCUCCACAGUCUAUCAGCCUUUAGGUAAGGUUCUUAACUUGAAAUUUUAGUUUCUAAGUUAUACAACCAAAUAGAUAUCUGGAAAAGCUGAUACUAUUGUCCUCCAAUACACCAAAAUGAAUACCCUAUAGGAUUUAUUUGAUAAAACUUCAAUCAUCAAAGCCCACAUGGGCCUGAAUGUGGACAAUGGGCUGGGCCGGUUUAGGCCCAUUGGGUAAAUUGAUGGAUAACAAACAUGUCCAUGUUAAAUAAAGGCUAGUUUGAUAAGAGAAUUUGCUUUUUAGGGAAGGUCCCACUCCCAAUCACCAAAGACUUUUAAUAGUGCUGUGCAUCUAUCACUUUGCUUUAUGGGUUUGAAUCUUGAGACCUCAUGGCUUUACAAUUCAACAUAACUAUUUCUAUUUUGACAAAGUUGUGUUCCCUUUACCACUUUCCCAUUCCAUCACACAACAAAGUAAGCUAUCUACUUUUUGUUGUUA